AUGUGGUGCUUGAGGCGGAUGGAAAAGAUAAAGUGGACACACAAAAUAACAAAUGAAGUCUUGAGAAGCGUGGGCGAAGAAAGGACUCUACUGAGUACAAUCCUAAAAAGAAAAGGAAACUGGAUCGGAUUCCUUAUGCAGAAAGAGUGCCUCCUGCACGACGUCGUCGAGGAUGUUGACCAGAGGACAAAUCCUCCUGAAUUGCCCAUAGUCGGAGACCCUUUCACGGAAAUUUCACUGGAUCUAGUAUUUCCGAAAGGAAAAGUACUUUUUAUAUUAAAUGGAAAACGACUUCAGCUGCUACAACCAUUGGAUAGAGAUGCGGAGAACUUAUCACACAUCGUGUUUCAGUACGAAGAUUGGCAUUUUCUCAUCGCUUCCUGUUAUGUUUUGUUACAGUUAACGUGCUUAGUGAAGGCGACCAACAAAAAGAGGACAAUCCCGAUUAUCGUCCGCGUGUCUGAUGUGAACGACAACGCUCCUGCGUUCGUGAACACGCCGUACGAGACUACGGUACCCGAGUUGACGCCUAUCGGAACGACCAUUUUUCAAGGAAUCUUAGCCAAAGAUGCUGACGCCGGAGUUAAUGGUCUGGUGGAAUAUUUCAUCGAAAUGGGCGAUGGAAGCGGUUUGGGUCCUGAUUCUGGUGUUGGAAAUACUAGAAUUACAUCAGCUGAUGGCUAUGGCUACUUUUCUAUUAAUUUGCCUCAUCAGGGACAAGUAACCGUUAACAGGACCCUGGACUAUGAGCGGACUCAACGAUACCUUCUUACUUUGGUCGCAUCGGAUCGUGCAAGAAAUGCUAGUGAACGUAUGACUGCCACAACCACUCUUACGAUUAACAUACAAGAUGCGGAUGAUCAGGAUCCAUCCUUUAUUUACCAGGGUUGUGUAUUACUGGAUGGUGCUUGUAUUAACCCCGAAUAUACUGCAACGGUCUCGAGCGGUGUUUUAUCUGGAAUUCUUCUGAUAUCACCUGAAAAAAUCCAGGCGGUGGAUAUGGACACACUCCAAGCCCCCAUUCGAUAUUCUUUCUUGAGUGGAACACCCGCUGAUUGGGGCGAAUAUUUCGAAAUUCACCCGAACACAGGAGCUGUGCGUCAAAUCAAGGCUAUUGAUACAGUUGAACCCAAAAGAUAUGAAUUGAUUGUAAAGGCGCAGGAAGUGUCAGAAGCACAAAGGUUCGCGACGGCUAAAUUAGCGAUAGAGGUAAAACCAGUAGACGCGAACCCACCUGUAAUUAACGCGACCGCCGUCGAAGGAUACGUUAAUGAAAAUGCUCCCGUCGGAACCAAGGUUGUCGAUGAAAAUGGAGAUCCCGUUACACUCACUGUCACAGAUGAAGACCUGGGACCCGAUAAUCCCAAGCCCAUGUACACAUUCGAGUUAACAACUCCAUUUUUCGAAAUCGACAAGAACGGUGUUCUUGUGGUAAAUGAAGAAAAUCUAGAUCGCGAUCCUCCAAGUCCGGGAAACUUCAAAUUCCAGGUAGUAGCGAGAGAAACCUUUGGAAAUGCAGCUAGUGCACCAUUAUCGUUGUCGGUUAAUUUAAUUGAUGUAAAUGAUAAUGCUCCAAAACUUCCAAUGCUAGCUCCGAUCUCGAUUCCAGCUGGUGAAAGUAAACGUGAAGUUGCCCAGAUUAAAGCAACUGAUAAUGAUAUAGGAGAAAACGCUAUAGUUACAUACAGCAUCUACCAUGUAUCCAAUAAUGGUGCAAACAAGUUUAAAAUAGAUCCCGAUACAGGAAUUAUAGAGACAACAGGAAAAUUAAGUGCUGGUGAACAAUAUAGCAUAACAGUACAGGCAUCUGAUCGAGGUGGUCUGCACAGUCAAUCGAUUGUCGAAGUGUCUGUCGCUCCUGGACCAAACACCAGGCCGCCCGUAUUCACCAGGCCUGUGUGGGAGGUGCAGGUUAGCGAAGGCGCUGAAAUUAUGUCCACUGUCACCACGAUAACGGCAAAGGAUCCUGAAGAUGACCCAGUAGCAUAUUCCAUUAUAUCCGGUAACGAUCUUAGACAAUUUUCAAUCGGUUCAAAUUCUGGCGUUAUUACCGUAAUAAGAAAGCUCGACAGAGAAGAUUUGACACGAUAUCAACUUUUAAUCAAGGCCGAAGAUCCGGGAAAGUUGUCGAGCACGGCAACUGUAAACAUCAAAGUGACUGACAUAAACGACAAAAACCCGGAGUUUGAUGAAUCAUCUUUGCCUUAUACUUUUAAAGUCAAAGAAGGAUUAGUCAAUGCGACCGUCGGAAGAGUGCAUGCAACGGAUGCCGAUGAAGGAGUCAAUGCGGAAAUAUCCUAUUCACUACCGGGUGACAUACCAUUUAUGAUUGAUGAAAAAACCGGUGAGAUAAGAACGAAAAUAGCUCUUGACUACGAAACCCAGAAGGAAUACCAAUUUACUGUCACCGCCAGAGAUGGUGCUCCAGACCCACGCUUGGCCACUGCCUCGGUUACCGUCAGCGUUUUGGAUCUACCUGACGAACUACCAAUUUUCAAACAAACCGAAUACACGGCUGUUGUUGCUGAAAAUUUACCAAAUCAUCUAGUGGCCACAGUUCAUGCUGAAGAUCCGGACACCAAGAAAGAAAUAACAUACACCAUAAGACAGGGUCCUGCCGAAUUAUUCACCAUAGACCCUGUCACAGGAGACAUACGAACAACUCGAGGAUUGGACUAUGAAGAAGACACCAGCUACGAACUGAUCGUAGGGACUGUGGAAAACAAGGGAAAUUCUCCUGGUGCAACGGCACGAAUAUUCGUUACUGUGGAGGAUGUGAACGAUAUUCCACCAGUGUUCAGUACCAUACCCGACGUUCAAGUUUUGAACGACAACUCACCAAUAGGACUUUUGGUGACUACUCUUCGAGCUACAGAUGGAGACAGCACGUCUCCUAAUAACAAAGUUCGCUUUGAAUUAAUAGGGCGUGGACAAGCUGCCAAAUAUUUUGUACUGGACCCAUAUAGUGGGGCUUUACGAGUACGCGAUGACCUCAGUAAAAGUGCCGAGGAUCAAUAUUAUAUCGACGUCAAGGUUUACGAUUUGGGAGAGCCGCAGCUUUCCAGCUCCAUGACACUAUCAGUAGAAGUAAAUCGUGUUGGAAGUGAAACCACAGAACCUGGUGCUGGUUUUGCAGACGAUACAUUUUCAGUAGAAGUCGAGGAAGAUACGCCACCAAGGUCAUUUUUGAAAAGGUUGUCAGUUAUUGGAGCCAGACAGACCGAUGAUGAGACGCCUGUUACUUGUCGCAUACAGAAAGGAAACGAGUUGGGAUUGUUCUACAUCAAUGCAACGGACAGUCAGACAUGUUCUUUAUACACCAACGAAACCGAAUUGGACUACGAGACCGCAAAGGAGCACAUCCUACAUGUCGUGAUGGAAUCACGUGUGGUCAAGAUCAACCCAGCUAAGAAAACUUGUAUAGUGAAAGUUUUGGUGACUGAUGAAAAUGAUAACAAGCCGACGUUUAUGUAUCCGGAAAAAAGGUCCACGAAAUAUUACGCUGCCAUCCCUAAUGAUUCACCUUGGGACACCUCAGUAUUACACGUGCAGGCUACGGAUAAAGACAGCGGCCAAUAUGGUAAAAUCGAGUACGACUUAUUGCAAAAUGAUAUCGCUGAUCAGUUUUUUGCAAUUGAUAAAUUAACGGGAUUAAUCAAAACACAAAAGACAUUUGAAGAUGUAUCAGAUAAUGACUUACCAUUCAGGUUUGUUAUCCAAGCCAGAGAUAAUCCAGGAGAGACCAGUAACUACAAUAAAGCCGAAGCAAAAGUAGUGGUCAACUUGAUAUCAGAUAAGAAUCGUAUGAUAUUAGUGUUUGCCGAUGCUAGGCCAGAUGCCAUGCGCGGAAAAGAAGCACUAAUUGCCGCAGCAAUGCGAGAUCAAUCAGGCCUAAUGGUAGCAGUGGAAAAAUUGGCAGCAAGACAACAUAUAGUCGAUGGAGUUUUGGAAACGGAUCCAACUGCUACAGAUGUAUGGUUUUAUGCUGUCGAUCCCCACACCGAUCGUAUUUUGGAGAGAAACUCUAGCAGAAUUCAAAGGUCAAUUUUGGAGGCCCGAGCACAAUCUAAUUUGACGUUCUUGGUAUCUGGUGUUGCUCAGGCUACCGCCAAAGAAAUUCAUGACCCAGUGUCUCCUAAUCCACGGGUGGUGACUGCUAUUGCUGUUGGAUCCCAACUAUUUCCCUACGCCCUUAUUACUGUGGCUUGCGUUAUUUUUGUACUAGGAGUUGCUGGUAUAAUUUAUAUAUGCGUUUCGUGGAACAAAUACAAGAAUUUCAAGCAACGAAUGCAGCGCCAAUAUACUGCGCCGUCAAGUCCUACGCGCUACGACCAAGUUGGAAGUGGCGGUGGAGGCAGUGCAAUUGGCGGUACCAACACGUUGGACGCAAGUCUAAAAGAAUAUGAAACUCAAGUAUUGAACAUGACAGUUCCACAGGAUGAUAACGACAGUUACAGCAACUUGCAAAUAGACUUUACUACGAAGAAUCAUGCUUUCAGUUUGGACAACGUCAGCUACAUCACUAAAGAUAACGGCAUAUUUAAAUUUUCACUUUCAGCUUGCCAACAAAGUCCAGCCAGCUCCGAGGCGGCAACGACUGCGCGCGCUUCGAGUGUAAUUGGCCAUCACAUGAACACAAUCAACAGAAGCACCCUAAAUAGGAAUAAGAAUCACUUGGCGGAUAACAUGAAUACGUUGAAUAAAAACGCAAGGAACUCUACCCAUCAUAUGCCUUACGAAAAUUCACAUGAUUUGCCGACCAUGAAUUCCAUGUACCAAGGAGACGACCACAUUCCCAAUGCGAGCAGCACUAAUGACAAUGUAACAUUUGGCAAACGAGAGUACGGGCACAUGGCUUAUUCUUACAUGAACGACAGGUCACCUGUCGAAACCACCACAGAGCUGUAG